AAAAUCUUUUAGGUCCCUUACCGAUGAAGAAAAUCUCUUGAAUCGAUAAUAAAUUCAACUUUUAGAUCUUUAAUUUAUAAAAUUCCUUUAUUACAUUUGUCUGUCUACAUUACGCAGACCACGUGUACACCGAGCACAGCCUAUAAAAAAUACUCCGUAACUUGUUAUACAAAACCAAGACCGCUUUCUUUGGUGUAGAGGAGAACUUCGAGAAAUAUUCUAGUGACUAUGCAGCUUUUAACUUAGGUUCUAUUAAUCUUCCUUAGGGUUCAUCUUCCUGAUCGUAUAAUCUGCCAUUGUUAAAGAGGAUUAGGCCUUUUUGUGUUGUCCCAUCACACAUGGUUGGCACUUUAGAUGAAACAGCUGUUUCUUAGCCAAGCCCAAAAUCAUGCCUUCUUUAUCUGCAACGAGGGCCUUUCAACUCUUCGGGGAUUCAUUUUCACUGAGAAAUCUUUCCAUCCGGCUUACUAGAAUAUCUCCACUCAAUGACAGAGUAAGGUUUUUAAGUGACUAUGGUCCUCUUACCCUAGCCAGCCUUGGAUUGAAGAAUGGAGUUGAUGGACAGAAUGCCAAAAAUAAGCUCCUGCUGGGCGUUUCCACAAUUGAAGUUCCUAAAGUUUCUUCCUGGGCUCAAACAGACUGUAACAGUAACACCAAAAGAAAGGUAAACAGUGGAAGACGCAUUGGAGUGAAAGAGACAAAGUCCACAGGCAUAGGGGAGGCAUCAGCACCACCGUACGCUGCAAAGUCUUUCUCUGAGCUUGGCCUUCCCCAAUUACUGAUUGAAAGACUUGAGAAGGAAGGAUAUAAGGAUCCAACAGAUGUUCAAGCUUCUGCAAUUCCAACUAUUCUGGAAAAUCAUGAUGUCGUGAUUCAGUCAUAUACUGGCUCAGGAAAAACAUUGGCAUACCUUCUUCCAAUACUCUCCCACGUUGUUUUCCCUAUAAAUGGUGUAUCUUCUUCAAGCAGAACGGAUAUCAAAGCUGUUAUUGUAGCUCCCUCCAGGGAACUCGGUAUGCAGAUUGUCAGGGAAGCGGAGAGGCUUUUGGGACCCAACAAGAAAAUGGUUCAACAGCUUGUUGGUGGAGCGAACCGGUCCAGACAGGAAGAAGCACUCAAGAAAAACAAACCGUCCAUAGUAAUCGGAACUCCUGGUCGGAUUGCAGAAAUUAGUGCAUCCGGGAAGCUUCACACUCACGGUUGCCGUUACUUGGUCUUAGAUGAAGUUGAUGAGCUUCUCUCAUUCAAUUUCCGGGAGGACAUGCAGCGGAUACUAGAUCACGUGGGGACAAAACGAUCUGGACCCCAUGGUUCAGGCAAUAUACUUGUGAAGAACCAUGCUGCUCGCCAAACCAUCAUGGUCUCUGCAACAGUCCCGUUUUCUGUUACAAGAGCCGCACGAAGCUGGGGUUGGGAACCACUCCUUGUUCAUGACAACAGGGUUGUCCCCCUUGAUUCCAUACCUCCUCCUGGACUAAAUCCUUCCAACUCACAGGCCCAGCCUGCCAUCCAGAGCUUACCGCCUAAUCUAAACCAUUACUAUUGUGUCACGAGGAUACAACACAAAGUUGACAUGCUAAGAAGAUGCAUACACGCUCUGGAAGCCAAAUCUGUAAUUGCAUUUAUGAACCAUACUAAACAACUGAAAGACGCCGUUUAUAAACUAGAAGCCCGAGGCAUAAAUGCUUCAGAAUUACAUGGUGAUCUUAGCAAGUUAGCAAGAUCAACAAUUUUGAAGAAAUUUAGGAAUGGAGAUGUUAGGGUUUUGGUUACGAGCGAACUUUCUGCUAGAGGAUUGGAUGUGCCCGAAUGUGAUCUUGUUGUGAAUCUGGAGUUGCCAACCGAUUCUGUCCAUUAUGCGCAUAGAGCUGGUCGGACGGGGAGGCUUGGAAGGAAGGGUAAUGUGGUCACUAUAUGUGAGGAGCCUGAAGUAUUUGUUAUAAGAAAGCUGGGGAAGCAGCUUAAUAUCCCUAUUCAAAUUUGUGAGUUUGCUGAAGGAAAACUUGUUAUUACUGAAGAGUAAUUAACUAAGGUAGGUAAUUUUUACUGUAGUUAUUUCUGUUGAGUUUGCAAGAGAUUGUAUGCAAGCAAUCAAGUGGCCCUUUCUUUUUGUGGAAUAUUAACUUUAGCUGUUGAUUACUUUGCUGGCUAGUCUAUGGAUACAUGCUUUUAUUGUCUUUCCUUUGUAUUUAUGUGUGUAUUCUAAUAUAUCAAUGUUUUGUAUA